AUGUCGACUCUUAUCGUGAACAUUAUAGCCGUGCGAUUAGUAGUCGCUUCUGUUACUACGGAUGCUCUUCUUGAAUCUGCCAGGAACGCAUGCGUCGCGACGCCCCUGUUGAGAAUACGUGCCGUCGCAAGGCUCACUGACGCCCAGUACUCGUUCCCGCAUCCCUCGAAUAGCGUGUCCCUGCCGAUGAGUUCCGGUAUCUCGAAUUUAUCCCUGUAUUUGAAAAUUUUCGGUGUAAGCGAAUCGCGCGCCGCUCAUCUUCCAGGACGUGUCAUCGAACUUGAGUGUGAAAAACAACUUAAAUUAACAUUUGCUUCUCCGCAAAACAAGGUUCUCGGCAGCAGUUUCAAGAAUUUCUUUACAUUAUCUGGACUUCUAAAUAUUCUCAUAUCUUUUGCAACUCUGGCUGAACGAGUUUUCGAACUUCCUUAUCGGAUUCAAUUCGUUCAUGAAGAAAGGAUCUACCUUCAGUAUAGGGUAACAACAAUUAUUCCAUUCCACGUGGGGAAAAUUAUUCAAGAAUCAAGAAGAAUUCGCAAUGGGAAAUUUCUUUACAAAUAUAUGAAAAUUUAAAUGAAGAGUUUGUAUGAAAAUCAUUGGGUCCAGUCUUAAAGAAUCAAAGACGCUUGUUUGCCUUGCGACGAUGAUAUGGCGCUAUUACGACCAUUUGCCCUAAGAGGAAUGUCGCCACCAGAUGAGUCGAUAAAUU